AUGCCAGACGAGGAGUGGCGUGAUGAGAUUCAGGAAUAUGCGCUCCUUCUAGACGCAGUUGCAAGCGGUGACAGAUCUCGAGUCGUGAAACACUUGACAGAUUACAUUCUCGGCAAGAAGGAAGGGAGUCACGGUUCGCAGUCCAACAAAGAAGAACCAGAAGAGAAACGGGAGCAAUACUACGAGCAAAACGAAAACGACUACGAAUAUUAUGAAGAGCGUGAGGAAGAGUACAACGAGCCGCACGCGGAGGCGAACAACAGAUUCGUGGAUGAAGACGGAAUAUACAGGGAGGAGGACAAAACCCUUGGAUAUGAGGAAGAACAAUAUCAAUAUGACAAUAGCUACGACGAACUUGCAGCUGCUGAGUACGAUCUCUCAGCGGCGAAUGAGGGCUAUUAUGAGGGCCCUUACAUGUCUGGUGCAUACAAUGAACCAGAUAAUGGCGCUGACACGUACGAGGAAGAGCCGUAUGGGGAUUACACUGACCCCAACCCGGCGCUCUAUGGAAACGAGGCGUAUAGAGCUGGGGAGACCGAGAUUGCAGACGAGAACUAUGCAGUUGGAACUUAUGCUGGAUCCAGCAACAACAAUUAUGAGAGCCAUGCCUAUCCCGAAGAGCAACAAUAUGAUGGAGAAUAUUACGACCAAGAAGCUGAUGGGACAUAUAAUGACUGGAAUCAGGAGGCCGAUAACUACCAUUAUCAGCAGGGAGCAGAGAGACAAGGAGGUGAGUGGCACGAAGAGCCGGGUUACGGACUUGUCUCAGAUGACCAAAUCCAGGAGGUCGUCGAUGAAGUCAAUCUUUACGAACGGGGUGAGGUAUAUCCCGAAGAAGAUCAGAUGCCCGCAUUUGACGACCCUGCACACCCGGAAAAGCACCAACAACAGCCAGCGGAAGAGCAGCUAUAUGAAGACGACGAUCAUGUGUUUCCAAGUCACCACCAAGAAUAUGCGCAACAAAGGCAAACCUAUCCAGAUCCAGAUGAUAUUGAUGUGUUUCCAAAUCACCGCCAAGAAUAUGCGCAACAGAACCAAACCGAUCCAGAAGAUGACCUGUCUUCUUACGACACGACAGAAGAAGCGCCCCCGAAGUACUCUGCGUUCCCACGCUACGCGAUCAAUCCCAACCCGCAGACACAGUAUGUACCAUAUCGCCCGUAUCUUACGACAUCAGAGAAGCCGGCGGCAGUAGAUGACCCGAACAGAAAUACGGGGGUUUCCAUCAACGGUUACACGGACGGAUUUGGCUCCAGAACUGGCGUCAGUUUAGCUGACGAUGAAGAUGAGUGGGAAGACGAGACUUGCGAAGAGGAAGGCGACAGCAUACAGCCUCCACCGUCGACCAACCCCUCUGGUUUCCAGUUCAAUCCUCUCAGUCAUCAACAUGAGUGGCUUCUUUCCAUGCCCACUAAGGAAUCAAGCCAAUUCAAAGUAACUUGA